AUGACUGGGAAACACCAAGGCUCAGUCCCUCAAUCGUCCUAUGGGUGGCUCAAUAGCUGCCUACGAUGGCCAUCACUCCUGACCUUCACAUUCCUCAAUCUAGCCCUCCUUACAACCGUCAUUUCCCCCACAAUCGUGUCGUCAACCAAGGAUGGCUUUGUCACAAUCCCGUCCCGCAAUGAAAGCUCGCCUGACUCUUCGGGCAACCCACAAAUCUUCAGCAUUUCUUGGGACCUGGGUCUGCUCUGGACGACGUUGCCCAGUUUCGUCUUUUCGCUUUUCGGUGCAUACUGGGCCUGGAUGGCUGGCGCCAUUGCAGAGCGCCAACCCUACGUCGAGCUACCCAAGGAACGCGGCGCUGAAGCCAGAUGGUCAAUCAUGCUCGACUAUCGCGUCGUCGCCAGCAUUUGGCGUUGGUGGGGAGCCUUUCGAAAGUCGCAUUACAUGGUUGGAGCAACGAUUUUAAUGUCUGUGUGGCUCACAUACGCUAUCGCACCUUUUGCUGCUCGGCUAUUUGUGCCAGAAGUCGUGGGAGUGGCCAAGGCAUCCCCAACUGUGUACAAUGAGGUCUUCAAUGACAACAACAUCAACGCAACCCUCGAUUGGCGGCCUGUCCUAGAUACCGUUGCGGCCACAUUGAUCUACCAGGGAAACGGGAUUGCCUGGACAGAUAAUGAGCGUGCUUUCCGCCCGUUUUCUCCUAAGUCAAAACUUGCUGGAGGAGCAGACAUUUCUGCAAACACUACAGCAUACUCGGCUUAUCUCAACUGCGUGUUGGUCAAGGCCUAUACCAUCACAUCUGAUGGCGACUCAGUCGAGGUAUCCGGAAAUGACAGAGGGUGCAGCUUCAAGCAGAGUUUUGGGAUCAACAGCUCGCAAAGUACCUACUUCAAAAUCACGUCGGAGAUUGAUUGUUCUUCCAAGGCAUAUUACAGUCGCUUGGUAUUUACAGCAACCACAUAUUCAUCUUCAGCAUCCAACAAUCUGGACGACAUCAGUGUCAUCUCCUGUGCGACUGGAUAUCGCCAGGUUGCAGGAACAUUAACAGUCACGCCAUCGAUUGGUGCCCCUUUCAUCUGGUCCUUUACCGAGACGGGCGAGGCGGAUACCGGUCGGCCAAAGUUGUGGAGGGUCUUUGAGCGGGACAUCCUUGGACCUGUGUCUUUCAAUCCUCAGGCCAAGUGGUCAAAUUCGGACAUGGGCAGUUUGAUAUUGUACUAUGCCCAGCGGUCGCAGCCGUCCAAGCCACUGGUAUCUGACGUCUUGAUGGAUGCAGCUUCAAAAGUCUUUACUGCCAUAUAUCUGAACGCAGUUGCAAUUCAUCGCUUUGAUUCACUCUCGGAGCCGGAGACAGAUACUGGGACGGCUCUUAUCCCUACAACGCGACUAUUUGUCGUCCCCUGGGUGGCAUAUGUCAUCAUUGCAUUUCUCAUGGUUAUCCUCUGUUCUGUCGUUGCUAUUCACAUUCAUCUUCAGCGCAGCCCAUCAAUUCUGACCGAGGAGCCCGAAGGCCUACUGUCAAUGGCUGGAAUUCUGUGUAAUAGUGAACUGUUUACUAUCGCUUGGAAUAUCCGCCACGAUCCUGCGUUUGAUGGUGGAGUGAUAGAGAUGGGCAAGAUACGGCCAGAGGUGAAGGAUAGGAGGUGGGGAGCGAUGAAGGAUGUUGAAUCCAACAAUUGGGUUGUGAGGUCAGUUCAAGGUGCUGAUAUGGGAGCCGCGGAACAUCUUUCAAGGUGCUUCUCUCUGUUGUGUAGUCUUCCUCCUAGUACGGAAUAUCAGAAAUGA